CCGAAUGAGUAUGAAUUAAAUCUAAUCAAUUAAAUCACCUUUCGAUUUUUGUAUCUAACUUCAGUGUUGUUUUGAUUUUUGACGUAACACAUCAAAAUGACAGUUUAUAACAUUUAUAUUUUCGAUAGAAAUGGCACUUUGCUUUAUUACCACGAAUGGAAUCGGUUUAAACAAUCGGGGAUGACUAAAGAUGAAGAAGCAAAGUUAAUGUACGGUAUGUUAUUUUCAUUGAAAUCGUUUGUGAUGAAAAUUUCCCCAUUGGAUGUGAAAGAUGGUUUUCAAUACUAUAAAACGUCGAAAUACACUUUGCAUUAUUUAGAAACACCAUCCGGACUUAAAUUUGUUAUUAACACGGAUAAUGGGGCUCAAGGUGUUAAGGAGAUACUCCAACAAAUUUAUAACCAAGUUUUUGUUGAGUAUGUGGUCAAAAAUCCUUUGGUGAAAAUGAACGAACCGAUUGAAUCAGAAUUAUUUAAGAGCAAAUUGGAUGUUUUUGUAAAAAGUUCGCCGAUUUAUAUAUCAAAAAGUGCUUAGAUUAUAAAUAAAGGUAUAAGAAUUGGGUUUAGUUAAAUUGAAUGAAAUAAAACCAUUUUUAAAUUAAUAAAGAAUUCAUUUCACCUUAUUAAUACAAAUAAAUAAAGGUAUAAGAAUUAGAUUUACUUAAAUGGAAUGAAAAAAUAAAACCAUUUUUAAGUUAAUAAAGAA